AUGAUGGUCCUGGCUUUAUUAUUUUGUCUUCUGUCUUUUCUGUUUCAAUUACCUUUUGUGUUGCCUGCAGGAAACAUUUCUCUCAAAUGCAUGCAAGACACCGAUGAAUUCCUUUCCGAUUUGAAUUCAGUGGAGCCCAAAGAAUACGCUCUAAGAAUGUAUGACUCCGUCGGGAAGCUUGGGAGCAACGUUCUUAACGGAAACGUGGACAGGCUGGGAUCUUACAGUGAGUGCCUCUCCACGCACGCUCCCUCGGGGAGCUUCCGAGGGCAGUACUGCAAACUGCAUAUCCUGCAGGAUGGAGCCGAAUACAGCGUGGGGGUGUGUGUCCCUGAUUCUUGCGCCGAAGAGGAUGUGACUGUGAUGUCUCAGUUGGAUAUUUUAAGAUUCAGAAAUACUUCAUUUUUGGCCCCUUCUCUUUCUCUCUUUACAAUAAAUUCUUCCUCCUCAUCUGGCGUGGGUGUGGCUAGAUGCGCUACUGGAAUGUUCCCCUUCGACACGUUUGUUGCCGUGUGUCUGUGCCUCACCUUGCUGGGUAUCUUCCUGCCCUUGGCCGGGACUGUCUACGUGGCAUUCAGUGGGAGGGGGUCCGACGACGGGGCGCCACCCGCCGCUCCGGCCCCUGACGGGAGAUUUUUAGGAGCCGUGGAGCAUGCUCUGACAUGCUUUUCUUGGCAGAAGAAUGUGCCGGCCGUCUGGAUAAUAGAGACGCCAGGGAGCCCGUGCUCUGUGCUGAAUGGCAUCCGGGUUCUGAGUCUCCUCUGGAUCAUGUCGGGGCACACCAGUCAGAUGACUGCAUGGCUGUCUUUGGAUAACGUGCUCGAGUGGAAAACCAGAGUGCCUAAAAACCCACUGUACCUUUGUUCUCGGAGCGGCCCGUUCUAUCUUGGGGUUGACACAUUCUUCCUGGUCAGUGGCUGGUUAAGUGCAAGGUCGUUUUUAAAGAUACAUCAGAAUUCAGACAAAGGAACAACCCUCAGCGUCAUACUCAGGUACAUCCUCAGCCGCCUUACAAGGUUGCAGCCUCUUCACCUGUAUUCGGUGUGCCUGUUGGUUGGCUUGUUCUCCCUUGUUCCCUGGGGACCUGUCUGGGACAUGCCUAAGUUCCACCUGGAUAACUGCCGGCAAGUGUGGUGGACAAAUCUGCUGUUGCUCAAUAAUUUCCUGUCGGUCCGAAACGCGUGUAAUGGCUGGACGUGGUACCUCGCCAACGACUUUCAGUUCCAUCUCACCACACCGGCGAUCUUCCUCAUCCACGGAAAAAGUAAACAUGUCCUUGUCCUCCUCGGGGCCACGCUGUUCUUGGCAUCUUUCACCGCCACAGCUCUGCUCACACUGGCUUAUAGCCUUCCGGUCGCAGCUCCGUCAGAAGCAAGUGAAAAUGUGACUGUGUUGUAUUUCUCGGAGUAUUACACUAAGCCCUACUGCAGAUACGGGCCAUUCCUCGUGGGCCUCUUUCUGAGCAUUUUCAUGCACCAAAACCACCAGGCAAACAUUCUUAAAACCAAGGUGCAGGCCAUGCUGGGGUGGAUUUGCUCCCUGUCUACCCUGUUCAUAGUGGUCGCCCUGGCAUACGUGGUGGAUGACAGCUCUGCCACCUCUUCUCCUGCCGCUGCUCUGUACCAGGCUCUCCACCGGACCCUGUGGGCGGCAGCCGUGGGCUGGGUCAUGCUGGCGUGUCGGGAAGGCUAUGGAGGUGUGGUGAACUGGCUGCUUUCUUGCCGGCUCUGGACUCUCCCGGCCAGCAUCAGUUACGCUUGCUACUUGGUGCACCCUAUCCUCAUCAUGCUCUACAACGGGCUUCAAGAAACGCUGAUUCACUACACUGACACCAACAUGUUCUAUCUUUUCUCUGGACACUGUUUGCUGACCUUCGUCAUUGGGCUGGCCCUGACGCUGUGCAUUGAGAAACCAUGUCAGGAACUGAAGCGGCACCUGCUGGGACCAAUGCCUGCAGGGCCAUGA